GGAGCUUGUGUGGAGCGGUGGCGGGGUCUGAAGCGGGAGGGACGAGGAAGCGCUGCUGGAAGCUCGUCCUGGACGGUUUACGUUACUGCUCAUUAUAUCGCUCCUCUCCUCUGAAAUGGGUGAUGUCCACGCCCAGUUGACCCCAGAGACUCCAGGCCGUGUCCAGAUCCUCAAUCCUUUUGAGAGUCCGAAUGACUAUUGCAGUUUACAUGAACCAUUUGUUUCCAGCCCAACAGUCUUCAAGCCAACAAAGUCUUCCGCAACUCCACGACAGUUUAAAUGGUCCAUCGAUCAGCUUGCUGCAAUAAACCCAGUUGAUAUUGACCCAGAGGACGUUCAUCGCCAAGCUUUGUAUUUAAGCCAUGCCAAGCUAGAUAAAGAAAUAGAAGAGAGAAGACAAAAGGCCAUUGAAGAGUUUUUCACAAAAAGGACAAUUGUUCCAUCACCCUGGACCCAACACGAAGGGAAGCAAGAUGCUCAGUUUCAUUCCACAAAAUGUGCUGAUCUUAUGAAUGAAUCGCCUCUUGCAAGAGAGCAAGCUGUAGUCCCUGGAAAGAACACAGUUGCCUGCCAAACACUAUUAUCUUUACCAAUUGACUUCAGUAUUGAAAAGGUUCUAGGUGAAUAUUUUCGGCCAGAAGAAAAUGCAGAUCAGUCGCAGGAAAGCUUGAGCUCCUCAUCUCUUCGUAGAAAAUUAUUCUUGGAUGGACAGUGCAAUGGAUCAGGGUGUUCCUCUCCAAGUUCUCCUCCACUAGGAUCCUAUGAAGCCCCACCGGCCUCUCUGGGUGUUCUUUGCUCGCUUGAUCUUUCCCCUGUCCGUUGUCGAAGUCCUAUGCAGACACCCAGCUCGGGUCAGUUCUCUUCAAGCCCAAUCCAGGGUGGACGAAGAGCAUAUAGCCUGGGCAGUAUAGAAAGUCCUACAUUCUUCGAAAAGUCACCUAUGAGAGAUAUGUCACCAGCAUUCUCCCCCAUCUCCUCUGUACUGGGAAAAACUCCAAUGGCCGAACAGAAGAAGCUGUCUUUCCCUUCACCAGAAAGUCUUCCAGCUUCAAAGUCUAUGGUGAACUCUUGCACUGCAAGUCCCUUAAUUGAAGGCUGCUCCCCCAUCAAAAGCCUAUUUCAGAUAAAGGCCAAGUCCUGCAGAGCGAGCCCACAGUAUCGGACUUCCCUUUUUCAGAUCCCUUUUACCGUUGACCGUUUGGAGGAGGAGGAGAAAGAAAACUCUCCACCGGCACGUCUGUCCUUACCUGAAGGCAAUAUUGUAUUACAGCUGCAUAACAUGGAGGCUUUCUCCCAUGAUGCUCACUUAAUGGACGCCGUGGAUGGCAUAUCUCCUAAGCCAUGCAUACAGCAGGUGAUGACGCCAGCUACAGAUGGACUGAAGGACAAUGAUACUGUGGAAAUGGUGGAUCCUGUAGAGAGUGAAGACGACCAGAUUUGGGUGAAAGAUGCAGCAGGGAAUUAUAACACUCCAAUGAGCAGUUUCAUGACUGGUAAUACGUUUAGCGUUGAGACCUCUCACAUGUGCAUGUCACCUUUAGCGGAGAGCAGUGUGAUUCCCUGUGACAGCAGCAGCAUUCAGGUGGACAGUGGCUACACAACACAAACAUGUGGGUCCAGUAUGAUGGACACAAUUGGCACAGAUGGGGUUUACAAGGAAAAUGAUAUCCAGAUCUGUGAUAAGCAGAAUGGGUCUCAGCAUAUGAAAGCAAAGGACUUUUUGACGUCUGAUAUUAAAGGCCAUCGGCAUCUAGAAGCAGAGUCUCCAGAAUGUGAGCGUCCGCUUCAUAAAAUACACAAAACUCAUCCUGCACUUCACUCUGGAACUUGGAAACUCAGCAGUGACAGACUAUACAACAGAUUAAGUAAGAAUGUACGUCUCCAGAGUCCACAGCAGACCAUGGACUGAAAACCCAUACCACAUUAUUAGCGAUGCCCGUGGUCCUUACAAGAAAAUCGUUAGUGUUCCUAGACUCUGAAUACUGAACUUCCAAAUGUGAAAAGCUGGUUUAUAGCCACUGACUAAGCCUUAUUUAUUAAAGCAAUGCCUCCGUUUAGUAUUCUCCUGCAUUGAUUGGUUAGAGGUGGUGAAUUUCCUGAAAAGUCCCUGUAUGGAUAUAUGCUUACCGUCAUAUUAUACAUGCUUGAUUCUAGUGUUAGCAUCUACAGCCUUUAUAAACCACUAGACUUUAUUCUGUGCAUAGGAGGCAAUAGAUGGUCACGAAGUGCAAAGUUGGCACAUUUCAGAAUGAUUGUGUACCCGCCUGUAAACAAUAGGUGCCCAUAAUUAUUUCAUGCAGUUAGCUGCACAGUUCAUUAAAAUGCAUUACAAACAUUCACCAGGGUAACACCUAAUGGUGCCUGUUAUUGGAAAUUUGCCCUUCCUUUCUAAGUAUACUGACAGCCUUGUCUAGAUUGAAUGACCACAGCGUUUAAUGGAAAUAGUGACCUCCACCAAAUGACCAUUUAUUGACCAAUGAAUCCUUUUAAAGAUGACUUGUGUGUUAUACAAAUAAGUCAUUGGUGAUUGCUAUGUGCUGGUCUAUAGUUCUGACUGACCACUGGUGCUGAUCCACUAUAGACUAUUGAAAUUCCUAGAAAUUGAAGCUGAUUUACAGCCUGUUUAAUAGGCAAGCACAAAUUCCUUUUGUAACUUCACAUCAGAACAAAAAAAAAGAUCCACAGGAUAGAUGAUGUGUGACGACUGGAACCCCCGCUAAUCACUAGAAUGGAGGUCCUGAGCUCCCUGUUUUCUCAGUGCCUAACCACAGUGCCCUGCCGCUCCAUUGAAUGUCCAUGGGGCAGAUGGAAACGUCUGAGAGCUGCACUCGGCAGUCAGCCCCAUAAGCACUGCAUGAAGUGGCAGAGCGCAUGCAAAGUCUAUGGGACUGACUGCUAAGACAGACGUUUAUCUGCCCCAUAGACAUUCAGUGGAGUGGCAGGGAUUUGCUUGGUUGCCUCACUACAAGGAGGAGGAAGGGAGCAUCUAACAGACCUAUUACCGUUUCAUGGGUUAAUGCUUUUCAACCUGUUCUGUGCAAACCUGCUGUGAAAUCUUUGAAGCUGUGAUUUAAUGGGUACAUGUGGCUGUGUGAGGAUCCACUUCAUAAGCAGUGCAAUUUUGUGGCAUCUAGGGAUCCAGUUUUCAAUCCACCAUAUCUUGGUAUAAUAAAAAUGUGCAAUAUUUCAAUGUCCAAAACAGGGCUCUACAUGUCACAUACCAUUAGGACAACCUUCUGGUCAACUAACUUUGUAUAUUGUCAAGUAUAGUAACGCUUUGUAUGUUGUGUUUACAGGCAGUUUGUUGGUUCCAGCUGUGAGACUAAUAAAGAUACUUGAAAGAAUGUUACAUUAUGUAAUACUGCCAAAAAUGUGGGAAUUGGGGAGAUUUAAUGCUGCUGUACUGUUAUGUGUAAAUUAUCAGUGAUGUAAUGGGUUUGUAAACUUUGUAGGAACCUGAAAUUCUAAUACGCUGUCUACGCUCCUCCUAUAUCCCAAUCUCCAGUGUCUCAUCAUGGACAAUAGGGGCAUAUCGCCAGGAUAUGCCCCCAUUGCCUUUUAGGUGUGGGUCCGACGGCUGGGACCUGCACCUAUAUCGAGAAUGAGGCCCUGCAAA